AUGCCACAAGCUAAGCUUUGGACCUUCACUCAAUUUGGGACAGUUUAUGUCACCGACGACCCAUUAACCGCAGGCCCGGAACCAAACUCCGCCUCCAUAGGCCGGGCCCAAGGCAUAACUGUGGCACUGGCAGCAGCCCUGAAUGGACGCAAUGCCCUUGUCUUGGCGUCACUUGUGUUCACAAACCAGGAGUACAAUGGCAGCACACUAGAGCUACAGGGAAACAGCAAGCAAUUUGAUCAAGUUAGAGAGGUGGCAGUAGUAUCUGGUAACGGAAAAUUUCGAUUCGCUAGGGGAUACGCUACGUUCGAAACAUAUUUUAUACAUAAAAAGAAAAAAGGUUUUGGCCGUUUGGCGCUAAAAGUUAAAGGGAUGUUCCAGCUGCUGCUUUGCGCGGCGAUCUUGGGCGAAAUAGCGCUGAUUCUAGCGCUGCUGUUGGAGAUCAAACUGGCGGAGCCGGUGAUGAUAGCGGUAGAUCGCUUGAAACGAGGGAGGGGCCCACUCGUUGUGAGGAUCAUCGCUGGUUCGGGGUUGCUUGUGCUAGUGGCCAGGGUCUAUGGUACGAUCAACAUCAUCAAACGAACCACCAUGCUCAAUCCGAGUGUUCUCAUGAACAUGCUCCAGAUUUCUCUUACCGGAUUCUUGCUGUUUCUUUCAGUUAUUUUGGAUAGACUGCAUCAUUACACGAGAGAAGUUUCUUUACUCAGGACUGAAAUGGAGGCUGCACAAAGAGAGAACCAAACUUUUCAAGAGGAGAAAAACGGAAGAGCCAUGGAGCUUAAGAUCUUGGGACAAGAGAUUGCUAAAUUGAGAACAAACAUCAUGAAUACAGAAACUGAAUAUGAGACGAAAGCGAAGGGGGCAAAGCUGGAAAAAACCAAGGCAUAUGCCUUGAGAAAGCAAUAUGAAGGACUCCUUGCAGAAAUUGAUCGCGUGCAGGAAGACAACCAAAUUCUUCGUAGCCAGCUAGAAUGGGUGGAUCUAAGCUAUGAUGACAAAACGAAACACGCAAGGAAGCGAUUACAUUAG